AUGAAUAAAUUUCAAUAUCAAGUUGGAUCGAUGAUGUCAUCAUCAAUAUAUACAUCACUAUCACUAUCACCAUCGCCAUCACCGCCACCACUAAUUAGAUAUCAUACUAAAACGAUUAGAGGAAAUGUUGAACAAUAUACAAAACAGUACCGUUGUUUCUCUGAAAGAUUCCCACCCGAUCUAGGUCGACUCUUGAGUGAACAAGAGUAUGUCACCAUCAUAAGAUCUUACAAUCAGACUCUAGGCUUACGGAUGGACCCAAAUCACUUUGUCAGAGUAGGGCUAGCCAUUCUGAUUGUGUCUGCCGUCUUGUUCGCCCUCUUUCCAUCUCUCAAUUCUGACGUUGUCAUUGCUUAUGGAGGAGCCGUUUUAGUAUUUUUUAUGGUUUAUAUGAUGGCUUGCAUGUUUGUUCAUGAAGCCAAAAGGAAAAGAGGGAUCCGUGAGUUGAAUGAAGAAUACACGAUGAUGUUUGCACAUCGAUGUGUAUCAUUUCAACUAGAAAUUGAUCGUUUUGGGGGUCUAUACCUACUUGCAAUUCGGUAUCCUUUAGAAUCAUCAUCAUCGUCAUACUCUGACGUGAAUGAAAGUAAUAAUAAUAAUAAUAAUUACAAUAAUCAAGAUAUCAUUAUUGAAAUUUCAAACCAAAGAUUAAUGGAGUAA